ACGGUUCGACCACCUUGGUGGCAAAAAGACAUCUGCAAACUGGGUGUCAACAUGCCUGGUACUGGUGUUGGGUUUGAGAAUAUCGACUUUAUUAUGUGGAUGCAAACCGCCGCAUUGCCGGACUUCCGAAAACUAUACAGGCUUCUAGAUAGAGAAACCCGUAAGAAUUAUGUAAUUUUUGCCUUUCUAGGUUACCCGGCCACGUGGAAAGGAGCCGAGAAAUCCUUUAUUAUCACACGUGAAAGCUGGAUAGGACCACGAAAGGAUUUUCUAGCCAUUUCUUAUAUGGCUGUUGGUGUUUUUCUAAUUUUAGUUAGCAUCUUAUUCGUGGGAAUCAAUAUUAGGCAAAGAGUACUCGAAAGAAGAACGCAGACCUAA